AUGUGCGAAUACACUGGUGAUGUAAAAGAUCCCCAGCGCCACUGUGACAUUCAAUUGUCUGAUGCAGAAAUUACUGAAGCCACCAAGAAAUUGCAGAACGCUGAUUCUCCAUUUUGGAAGAAGAAACCACAAGAUAAGCCGGCCAAACCGGCUCGUACCAAAACCACCAGGAGGCCUGCCAAGAAGAAGACCACCGAGUCCGCCGAGUUAAACAUUGAUGAUGACGAUAAUGACAAUGAGUCAGAGGGGAUUUCUCAUUCCUGCUCUGGCGAGUCAACAGGAACGCACAUCCCAACUUUCAAGACUGUGCCUGGGGGCCAGGACAAACCCAGUAAGAAGGCAAAGCUGAAUAAGCCGGUCGACAAAUCCAACCCAUCUGAACCGGAAAAACAACAGCCAAAACCUUCUAACCCAACUGCUGAGGCCAUCCUUGAUGAUCCACCACCACAAGAUCAUGAAGUCUCCAUAGAUCAUAUGGAUAUUGAACCAGCUAUCUCUAAGCCACCAAGCCCAAUUAAGUCUGCUGAAGAGAAGACUGAUGAUGUUGUUGUCACAAGAUUUGGAUUCACAGCCCCGGGUCAACCUACUAUCUUAUCCAAGCACAGCGCUAAGGAAGAAAUUUCUGCUGAAGAUAAAGAGGCUGAAUUGGCUGAAAAAGACUCACGGCUUAAUGAUCUUAAGGCCAACAUCAAAACUCAGCAAUCAGAGACAUCCAAAGCCAAAUCAGAACUGAAAUCUUCUUUAGAGACUAUUGAGCAGCAGAACAAAAUUUCAAUGCGGAAAAAGAUGGCUGGGAAACUGAGAAGGCGUCUCUAUUGA